ACCAAGGCUGGAAGAAGAAAAGCAAAUUUCAAGUUGGCGGCUGCGUGGGCCCCGAGUGGGGGAGGGACGGCAGUCUCCAGAGACACUGCUGCCUGGAACAAAAGGAAGCUUCGCUGACCAAAACCGACAGCGGCACCAACCUGUUUUUCUCACUGGAUCUCUGCGUAUCCAGGCCCCCUCCACCAUGGCCAGCCGGGGUGGGGGCCGGGGACGUGGCCGGGGCCAGUUGACCUUCAACAUGGAGGCUGUGGGCAUUGGGAAGGGUGACGCUUUGCCCCCACCCACUCUCCAACCCUCUCCACUCUUCCCUCCCUUGGAGUUCCACCCAGUGCCUCUGCCCGCUGGAGAGGAGGGGGAGUAUGUUCUGGCACUGAAGCAAGAGCUGCGUGGGGCCAUGAGACAGCUCCCCUACUUUAUCCGGCCAGCCGUCCCCAAGAGAGAUGUGGAACGUUACUCAGACAAGUAUCAGAUGUCCGGGCCUAUUGACAAUGCCAUCGAUUGGAACCCUGAUUGGCGGCGACUACCCAGCGAGCUCAAGAUUCGAGUGCGAAAAGUACAGAAGGAGCGGACCACCAUGAUCCUCCCCAAGAGGCCCCCUAAGAGCACAGACGAUAAGGAGGAGACGAUACAGAAACUAGAGACGCUAGAGAAGAAGGAGGAGGAAGUGACUUCAGAGGAAGAUGAAGAGAAAGAAGAGGAGGAGGAGAAGGAAGAGGGGGAGGAAGAGGAGUACGAUGAAGAGGAGCAUGAGGAGGAAACUGAUUACAUCAUGUCAUAUUUUGACAAUGGAGAGGACUUUGGAGGGGACAGCGAUGACAAUAUGGAUGAGGCCAUAUACUGAAAACCUGGGCAUAGACUGACAACCUGGGCAUAGACUGAAAACCUGGGCCAUAUAUCAUUAUUGAUUUGAGAUACAGGAACUAAAUAUCCCUAUUUACUUAGGGUUUUUCCUAUUUUUGUUAUUGUUUUGGGGGGGUUGUUGUUGUUGUUGUUGUUGUUUUGUUUGGUUUGGUUUG